ACACACCCAGCACAGCCCAGCUCAGCCCAGCAUAAGUUGGUACAGGACAGUCCAGCACAGUCCGGCACAGGGCAACCUCCAACAUGUCUGACGAGGAGCAUGAGGAGCAGCUGAUCCAGGCACCAACCAGUAGCUUCCUCACCUACAUGUCAGAGGGCGACCAACUCUACCAGAAAGGAGCCUAUGCCAAAGCCAUCAACAGUUAUACAAAGGCUCUUAACCUUGAACCGUACAAUAAGAACUGUCUGGUUGCCCGCUCUCGGGGUUAUCUCUCGCUGGGAGACUCUUCGUCUGCUUACAGAGAUGCUGAAACCUCACAGCAAGAUGACAAGAAAUUCUGUAAGGGGCUUUAUCGGAAGGCGGAGGCUUUGUACAGUCAGGGGGAGUUUGAACUUGCCUUAAUGUUCUACCACCGAGGACACAAACUCCGCCCGGAUUACAAAGAUUUUCGCCUCGGAAUUCAGAAAGCUCAGGAGGCCAUCGACAACUCUGUUGGGAGUCCUUCCUCAGUGAAGCUCGAGAAUAAAGGAGACCUGUCCUUCUUCUACAUACGGGAUGAGAAUUUAGCCCCCAAAAGCAAAGCUCAACUCCGACGGCAGAAGCAGGCUUCCAAAAUGCAGAAUAAGAAAGUGGGAGAGGAAGAACCAAAAGCCAAUAAAGUGGUUCUCAGGGAGUUGCUGGGAGAGCUUUACAGUGACAAGGAAUACAUGGAGAAGCUGCUGAAGGAUGAUGACUUAUCGCAGACCAGCACUAGCAGUGGGACCACCAUCCUAGACCUGAUAAUGAGUGGCAUUGCAUUCCUGGAUACCCGCACCGAGUUCUGGAGACAGCAAAAGCCCAUUUACGCUCGCGAGCGUGACCGCAGAAUGAGGGAGAGAAACUGGAAGAUCACCAGAGAGCAGGAGCGAGCGAGCCCCACCAAAUACAUCCUUUAUACUCUCGAGGAGAUCGACCAAAUGCUGGCCAGCGGCAAUGCUGAGGACAGUCAGAAGAAGGCCAAGAAGCUCCUAGUGACUGUGGAAAACUGGACCAAACUCGACGUUCCCAACAAGGAAGAAGUCAUUGGGAAUCUGUACAGCUGCAUCGGGAACGCUCAGAUUGAGCUCGGAGACAUGACCAAGGCCCUGGAGAACCACAAGAACGAUCUGGAGCUCGCCCAGGAACACAACUUAAUCGACGCAAAGUCACGCGCCCUGGACAACAUCGGCAGAGUGUACGCCAGGAUCGGACAGUUCGCGGAUGCCGUGGAGGUGUGGAUGGAGAAGAUACCUCUAGCCAAAACCAGCCUGGAGAGGACCUGGCUUUUCCAUGAGAUCGGGCGCUGUCACUUGGAGCUCAGCAACAAUGAAGCAGCUCGAGAUUUUGGUGAAAAAUCCCUGAGUUGCUCAGAGGAAUCGGGAGAUGAAGAAUGGAAGAUGAAUGCCAGCGUGCUAGUGGCACAAGCUGAAAUGAAACUCAACAACUAUCGGGCUGGAGUUAUCUACUUUGAAAAGGCGUUGGAGAAAGCAGUGUUGUUAAAUGAUGAGAGAGCGAAAGAAGCCAUCUUGCGAGCUCUGACAAAUGUGAACAGUCUAAUCGUUGAAAAGUUGAAAGCAGAAGAAAUCGAAAAGCAGAAAGGCAGUAUCUCAUCGGUCUGGAUGAAAGAUGAGAAGCCUGAGGAGUUGCAUAAAGCUGAAGAGGAUGCAGUUAUGCACGAGUCUCCAGAGCCCACUGAGGUUGACAGACGCCCAUCCUAUGAAUAUCAGGAUUUGUCCCAGGAGGAAAAGAAGCCACUUUCUCCAGAGACUGCUGAGGAUGUGAUUCCAUCUGAUGAAAUCCAGCAACCUACCAUGGAAGUGAAGGAAAGUGAAUCUGCAGCUCCUGUUGAGGUGGAGAAGGUGCCGUCCGGUGAAGUGGGCGGAGAGACGAGUGUCCCCGCAGUUGCUGCUGACGUAGAGAAGCCGCCGUCUGGUGAAGUGAGUAAACACUCCCUGGAGGAAAAGAAGAGCGUUUCUGCAGUUGCCGCUGAUGUAGAGAAGCCGCCGUCUGGUGAAGUGAGUAAACACUCCCUGGAGGAAAAGAAGAGCGUUUCUGCAGUUGCCGCUGAUGUAGAGAAGCCGCCGUCUGGUGAAGUGAGUAAACACUCCCUGGAGGAAAAGAAGAGUGUUUCUGCAGUUGCCGCUGAUGUAGAGAAGCCGCCGUCUGGUGAAGUGAGUAAACACUCCCUGGAGGAAAAGAAGAGCGUUUCUGCAGUUGCCGCUGAUGUAGAGAAGCCGCCGUCUGGUGAAGUGAGUAAACACUCCCUGGAGGAAAAGAAGAGCGUUUCUGCAGUUGCCGCUGAUGUAGAGAAGCCGCCGUCUGGUGAAGUGAGUAAACACUCCCUGGAGGAAAAGAAGAGCGUUUCUGCAGUUGCCGCUGAUGUAGAGAAGCCGCCGUCUGGUGAAGUGAGUAAACACUCUCUGGAGGAAAAGAAGAGCGUUUCUGCAGUUGCCGCUGAUGUAGAGAAGCCGCCGUCUGGUGAAGUGAGUAAACACUCCCUGGAGGAAAAGAAGAGCGUUUCUGCAAUUGCCGCUGAUGUAGAGAAGCCGCCAUCUGGUGAAGUCAGUAAACACUCCCUGGAGGAAAAGAAGAGCGUUUCUGCAGUUGCCGCUGAUGUAGAGAAGCCGCCGUCUGGUGAAGUGAGUAAACACUCCCUGGAGGAAAAGAAGAGCGUUUCUGCAGUUGCCGCUGAUGUAGAGAAGCCGCCGUCUGGUGAAGUGAGUAAACACUCCCUGGAGGAAAAGAAGAGCGUUUCUGCAGUUGCCGCUGAUGUAGAGAAGCCGCCAUCUGGUGAAGUGAGUAAACACUCCCUGGAGGAAAAGAAGAGCGUUUCUGCAGUUGCCGCUGAUGUAGAGAAGCCGCCGUCUGGUGAAGUGAGUAAACACUCCCUGGAGGAAAAGAAGAGCGUUUCUGCAGUUGCCGCUGAUGUAGAGAAGCCGCCAUCUGGUGAAGUGAGUAAACACUCCCUGGAGGAAAAGAAAAGCGUUUCUGCAGUUGCCGCUGAUGUAGAAAAGCCGCCAUCCGGGGAACCGAGUAAACACUCCCUGGAGGUAAAGAAGAGCGUUUCUGCAGUUGCCGCUGAUGUAGAGAAGCCGCCGUCUGGUGAAGUGAGUAAACACUCCCUGGAGCUAAAGAAGAGCGUUUCUGCAGUUGCCGCUGAUGUAGAGAAGCCGCCGUCUGGUGAAGUGAGUAAACACUCCCUGGAGGAAAAGAAGAGCGUUUCUGCAGUUGCCGCUGAUGGACAGAAGUUGAUGCCUGAUGAAGUGGGUAAACGUAUCCAGGAUAUAAAGAAGAGCGCUUCAUUAAUUGCCUUUGAUGUGAAGAAGAUACCGUCUAGUAAAUUGAGUACAAGUUUGCCGGAUGUAAAGAAGAAUAUUUCGAAAGGUUCCUUGAUUGAGAAACCGGAAUCUGUGGACUCAAUGAAAAGUGUUCCUGCAGCUGCCGCUGAUGUAGAGAAGCCGCCAUCUGGUGAAGUGAGUAAACACUCCCUGGAGCUAAAGAAGAGCAUUUCUUCACUGGUCGCUGUUGAGAAGCCGCCAUCUGGUGAAGUGAGUAAACACUCCCUGGAGGUAAAGAAGAGCGUUUCUGCAGUUGCCGCUGAUGUAGAGAAGCCGCCGUCUGGUGAAGUGAGUAAACACUCCCUGGAGGUAAAGAAGAGCGUUUCUGCAGUUGCUGCUGAUGUAGAGAAGCCGCCGUCUGGUGAAGUGAGUAAACACUCCCUGGGUGUGAAGAAGAGCGGCACUGCAGCUCCUACUCAAAUUGAACAGCAGCCGCCCGAUCAAGUUGAAGAUAGAAAGAUCACUUCUUCUGAAGAGGACGAAUCCGAUGAUAUCUGUGAAAUGACCGAUGACCAGAUGACAGACGCUGCUCAGGAAGAGCAGCUGACAUCUGGUGACAUUAGUAAACACUCCCUGGAUGUGAAGAAGAUCGUCUCUGAAGUUUCUCCUGAGGUAGAGAAGCCGCCGUCUGGUGAAGUGAGUAAACACUCCCUGGAGCUAAAGAAGAGCGUUUCUGCAGUUGUCGCUGACGUAGAGAAGCCGCCGUCUGGUGAAGUGAGUAAACACUCCCUGGAGGAAAAGAAGAGCGUUUCUGCAGUUGCCAUUGAUGAAGAAGAGAAACCAUCUGAGGAAUUGCCUGGUGAAUCAGAGGAAGAAGAGAAGCCGGAAGCUGAAGUUCCUACUGAAGUGGCCGAGGCACCACCUCAAGAGUCCAAAGCAAUCAUCACACCUCCAAAGAAGAUUUGCCGACCUGCUAAGAAGGUAGUCAAACCACCACCUGCAAAGAAGUGUCUUCCUAAGAAGGUCAAGCCACCACCUGAAGUGCCCCAAGAAAGCAUCAAGUCUCCAAAGAAGCUUUGCCGACCUCCUGCUAAGAAGGAUAAAGACAAAGAGAAACAAGAAGCAGAUGAGGUUGAAGGCACAAAGACCGAAGAACAAGCACCUGAGAAGGAUGAGUAAACCAUUACAUCAUCAAAAUCCAUCUACCCUCCCAAUCAACAGAUAUCAGCACAAAUUCUAUUUACGUUUAGUUUUAGGACAUGUACCGUGGUCCUGAGUCUUCACUAUUUUAAUGAUCGAUUGUUGUAUGAAAUUAAAAAAAGACAUAUAAAUGUCAGGCUGAAUCCUA